AUGCAGCAUGUUUCCCGGUCAGUUGAUGGGCGCCAGGUCUAUAGGAUCCCGAGUCCCGAUGGAGAUUAUGUCCAGCAAACGGUGACCAUUGACAACGAGAACCAAGUGGCCAAUGUACAUGUCUAUGGAGGGCUCUGCUCUUCAGACACAAUCUUUGACUAUAAACAUGGCUACAUUGCCACCCGCCUCUUCUCUCGCCGCGCUUGCUUCAUCCUGAAGAUGGAGAAGGGCUACGUCCCGCUUCUGGAGGAAAUUGGCCGACUAUCCUAUGAGAAGCAGAUGAUGAAAGAGAUGAUGUCCUCUAGGAAUGUCUGGGUGCAAUACGAGCCCAGCGACUCCUUCUUUGCAUCCAUCCGGGAAUGGCUCAAGUUCGGAAGCUCCAUUGAGCACCUCUGCAGGGACGUCCCUGUCUACACCGUCAAAAGAAUCGAGAGCGGUUACCAUGCCAGCGGCUGCGCCAAGACCGGCAUCCUGGGCAUUUUGGGCAUCACCGUCUGCGGCAACAUUAACCUGUAA